CUUCGUCUCUCCAUGUUCAGGGAGGAUCUCGGACGUUCGUCUUUUUCGAAGCCUAUGCCCUGUAUGCGCUUUUCGCUCCCUUUUCAGGCCUGCGGGCGCCGAAAACCGACAUUGCGCGCUUCUGCGGCGAUUUUUCGGCAUUCUUGCCGUUGCGUGGGCUGCUGUGGAGCCAACUGGGCAUGGAGGAUCUCUUAAGUACCUAGGUAUCCUAGGCUGUGCCCUCAGUUGGGCCCCACCAUUACAAUGAUGUCGAAACCAACUGUGCUUCACAUAGGGGAGCCCAUCAAAUACAACCAGGAAUUUUACGAAACCGAAUUCGUAAAGCGUUUCAAUGUGGUGCGCAAUGAGGACUUGGAUCGGAAAUCGUUCAUGGAGGCCUUGAAGACGAAGAAAUACGGCAAUUUCGUAGCCAUAUUCCGUCCACACUUCCAAACAGGUGGUGAGAUGGGCCAAUGGGAUUCGGAGCUUAUUUCCCUUCUUCCUUCUUCGUGUCGCAUCUUCGCUUCGGCAGGUGCAGGCUUCAACUGGGCAGACGUGGACUUGCUUGCAGAGCAUGGCAUCUGGUACGCCAACGGCGCUGGUGCGUCUGACGAAGCGGUGUCUGACACAGGCCUGUAUAUGGUACUUUCGGUGUUCAGGAACUUCACACACGCGCAGCUUGCUGCCAGAACCUGUGACGUUGACAAGUUCGAAGAAUCACACAAAUUGAUUGCGACAAUCAGUGCCAAUCCCAGAGACCAUGUCUUGGGCAUCGUGGGGUUGGGCAACAUCAGCAAGAAGCUUGCGUAUAAAGCAAGGACGGCCUUGGGCAUGAAGAUUCACUACUAUGACGUUGUGCGGGCGAGCCCGGACGUCGAAUCUGACUUGUGCGCAACUUUCCACAAGAGCCUGGACGAUCUACUUGCCAUUGCUGACUGUGUCUCGCUGCAUACACCACUAAACAAGCAUACCCAAGACUUAAUAGGCAAAAAGCAGUUGGCAUUGAUGAAGAAAGGUUCUCGCAUUAUUAACACUGCCCGAGGACAGGUUUUGAACGAAGAUGCACUUGUGUCGGCUUUACAAAGCGGCCACAUUAGUGCCGCCGGGCUUGAUGUCCACUAUCAUGAGCCACAAGUCUCCAAAGAGCUCGCAGCCCUGCCUCAGGUUACUCUCACCACUCACAUCGCCGGAGGCGCUCUUAACACGCGUAUCAACUUCGAAUUGGGCGCGAUGAAAAACAUCCUCAGAGUCGUAGGCUCCGAUGGCCAAUUAACGGGCGACGAGCCUUUAACGCCUGUCAAUAAGAAUGCCUUCCUGGCUUCCCGAAAGAAAUGAUUGGAUUAAAUUGUUUCGAAUUUUGACGGAGCAAUGAAGAGGCAAUGGUUGCAUAUUAGAUACGCAAGUAAAGGGACACGUGGUUAGAAAUUGAUAAGGAUCCAUCCAUUAUAGUGCCAG